CAGGCAGAGGGGCUGGAGUAAGGGGCAGGUGGCUCCCAGCAGGGCUUGGGAAGUUGGAUUGCCAGCCCGCCGCACGGAAAAAUCAGGAGCGAAUGCGAGGUGAUGAGUGUCUCCUUCCUUUCCCAGUCUCACAGUAAGGAGCAAAACUUCAGUGCCCUAUCCAAAAUCCAGGAGAAACAAAGCCCAGCACUGCCUGCCAGAGGUAGGUGUUGGCCCCCUCCUAGACCACUGUGCUAUGUGAGCAACAGGAAAUCCAUUUAAGCCUGACUGGCAGAGCAAACUGAUGCAAAUGCAGUUGGAAAGAGAUGCACUUCAGGAGAGCAGACAAUAGGAGUCUCAGAGCCAAGAGAAUGUAAAAACACAGUUAAAAAGUACUGCUGGAGAGCUGGAAGCUGCCAGCCAGCAGCAGGACGAGGCACUGAGGGAGGCUGGCAGCCAAAAUGAGCACCUGACAAAGGUGGUCCACAGCCUUGAGGAAUUACUUCUGGAAUCACGUGGCAUCCUAAUGGACUGCAAAGACAGCAUGGGCAGGAAGCUCUGUGAGCAUGAGGACGUGACCAGCCUGCUCAUCCACAGCCUGAGCACGGCAUUUCGUGAUGUCUUGCGGGAUUUGGACUCAGAGGUGUCACACCUCAAAGAAAAGGUGGUCCUGGUGGAAGAAGAACUUCAGUCACUGACCAAAGAUUCACAGACCCGAAGAGAACUUGUGCUCCAGCAACGUCAAAUUAGAGGACAAGCAAGAAUCUCAAAUUCAGUGCAUUCACAUCGAGUCUGUCACCUGGAAUCCACAGUUGGUCAGCUCCAUUCCAAGUCAGGAGAAACCAAGAGGAUCCAUGAAAACAAGGUCAAAGACCUGCAGCAGUUGCACCGAGCUCAUUCUCAGGCAGCAGAAGCGGAGACAGACCAGGCACAACAUGGCCAAGAAUCUGGAAAUCCAGAUGACCAGAUUCAUCAACUGCUGACUAAACUCCAUAAAAAAGAGAUAGAACUAAGCCUAGAAAAAGAGCAGAACAAGCGAUUUUGGGAUCAGAACACAGACAAGAGCAUCACCAUGGAGCAGCUCAGGAGGCAGCUGGACAACAGGAACAUGCAGCUGCAGAGCAUGGAAAGGGCACUGAAGGAAAUGAGGAUGGAGUGUCGCAGACAGAUGGAGUGCCAGAUGGCUGCAAUUGAGGAAAAAAAUGAAAGCAUUGGAAGACUCUCCUCUUUGACUGUGCAGCUGGAGAUGACCGAGGAAGCACUCGGCAAAGUCACGGAAGCUCUUGCAGCCAAACAGAGGCAUUUGGAGGCUGCUGAGCAAACAGUGUCAGAUCUGGUGACCUGUCUGCAGGAGAAGGAGAGAGCCCUUGGGGCUACCAGCCAGGAAAUCAGGGAGCUGCGUUCCCAGCUUGGCAGCAGGAUGCAGGAGGUCCAGCAUGUGAAGAGUGAAGAGGGCCGCUUACACAAGGUGCAGUUGGAGUGCGAGAUGCUGAAGCUGCGUGUGUUCGAGAAGGAAAGGAUCAUUGAGAUCUUCCAAAAGCAAAUGGAUAACAUGACCCAGAUCGUGGGCCAGCACAGUCAAACAGCUGGAGCAAUGGAAGUGGAGAAAUCCCAGCUGAAAAAAGAAAUAAAUGACUGGAAACUCAAAGCAGAAGAGCUUAAGAGUGCAAAGGAUGAGAAAGAAGCCAGAAUACGUGAAAUGGAGGCCAGGCUGAGCGAGCUGGAGCUGGAAAAGGCUCAGCUGAUUAACACAUGCACCGAGAAGCUCCAGGCACUGAACGAUGCAGAACUGGAAAAAGAUGAGCUCGUGCAGGAGCUCCAGGCUGGCCAGAGGGAGCUAGCUGGCCGUGCAGAGACAUUUGAAGAUUUGAAGAGGAAUUACCAGGGUGAAAUCAAGGAGAUGGCAAAUACUGCAAAUAGACUGAAAAUGCAGUUGAAAUCGGCCCAAGCUGAACUGAAACAGGCCAGGACUGCUCUAAAGACUGUGGAGGGAUCUGAUGGCAAUGCUCUGGAAGCUGCAGUGAGAAUGCAGAAGCAGAUCACAGCCAAGAGAGGACAGAUAGAUGCACUACAGAGCAAGAUUAAAUUCUUGGAAGAGGCAAUGGCAAACGCAGCUAAGGAGAAGCAUUAUCUCAGAGAAGAAAAUAGUAAACUAAGGCAAAAAUUGAGCUGUAUUAGAGCAGAAAAUAUCAGGAUUGCUGGGGACCUGGAGAUCCUGAGAUCACAAGACAAACAGCUGAAAGAAAAACUAUCUAAGAAGAUGGAGACAGCCCUUGAUAAGGCAUCCCUGCAGUUUGCGGAGUGCCAGCGCAUCAUCCAGUGCCAGGAGCAGGAAGCCAUGCGCUGCAGGCUGCAGCACACCUUGGAUGUGAGAGAGCUGCAGGGCCCAGGCUACUCCUCAGCUUCUGCUUCAGGGAAGCUGCAGCACCUUGUGCCUCUGUCCCACCUACACUCGGCUUUCCAGCCAGCUGCCCUGCACCUGCCCAGCUCUGCCCCUCAGAUGCCUUCCAAGGACAUUUUGAAGGAAGAACCAUUGCAGGAUAUGAGGAUUCUUCAAGAGUUAACAAGUUCAGACAGUGACAUUUCCUCUGUGGAUCUCAGCAGCAAUGGUGGGAGACAAUCCCCCAUAACAACCAUAAGGAAUGCAGUGGGUCCUGCCUGCUCACGUCCUGCAGAUCUUCAGUCCCAAGAUGUUUCCCUGCUCUUUACAUCCCUUGGAAACUCACCCGUCUGCUCAGCAGCACCUCGUUACACGUCCUCCCCCAGGCAAGUCUCUCAGGAGGGCAGAUACAGAGCAAGAUCUCCAGUACAUUUCCUCUUAACUACUCCACCUGAUGACCUUGCAGCUGGCCCUGCUGCCUCACCAGAGCACAGCCCAGCCUCAGGGAAGGUUGGCUUUCUGGAGGGAGCAGUCACAGCCCCACAAAUAGCUUCUCAGUCCAGGGAAACUAGUGAGCCCACACCAAAGAGUCUACAGAACAAGAUGGAAAGCCUGCAAAACCUGGUGGAAUCGUUACAGAUAAAAAAACAAGCCACGUCACCGAUGAUCAGAACUCAGGAGGCAAAGACAAAGAAGUCCAAGGAAAAGGAGAGAAAGCUGUGCAAGUGAAGGCGCUGUAUGCGUUAGUGAUUGCAUUCAUGUGGAUGGCACAGGAGGACUGCUAGGCCAAGCUUGCCCACAGCAAGGACACCACAGAUGGCAGCCAACCCCCCAGAGAGAAAACCUAAUACCAGGCCAAUAUGUGAAGAGACUCCGAAAGGAGCCGGUUCCCUGCUCUGUGCCUGUGCACCACCUUGCUGAGCUGGGAUUGCCAGUUAGGGCACCUACACACUGCUGUUCUACCCCAAGGAGCCAAGCACCUGGUGUUGUACAAACUGAAGGAGCCACAUCACAGCCUCAGUAAGUCUGGCUUUUUAUAUUAAUUAGAGAUAUUCCCAGUGCACGGGACAGGACAAUUUCACCAUGUCCCUGCUUUCCAGAAUGUGGGCCUUGUGUGCUUCUUCUCUCAGUAAUAUCAUCAUGGUGCUGGAAAGGGAAGAUGUGCCUCUGCUUGUUUCAGGGAUCCGUAAUUAUGACACAGGAUUGUGCCUUGAGCCAGCAGCGCACCCACUGCAUUCCCAGGCUGCACUCAGAGGUGGAGCCACUCCUCACGGGAGUGUUUGCAGGGUAUGAUGGCUGGGGAGCACUUCCUUGGCUUCCAAAGGUAAAAUAAUUUGCCAAAAUAAAGAAAAUAAUUCACACCGAGAAUCUGGAAAAUCUGCAUGGAGAAACGGUGUGGUUCUAUGCAUCACAUGGGUAGAUUUUUAUGGAAAAAUAAACCAAAAAGGUGAAUUAAGCAAACACAAAAUUCUGCAGGAGUCUUUGCUUGAUCUAUAAAUAUUUGUGCCAGGGUUCAGCUAAAAUAUUUUACAGUGGAGGGGAAUGUUUAUGGUUUCAGAGAGAGAAAUCCUGUGGAAGAGUCUUUCUAGGGGGAGGGUUCUAUUGCUGUAGUUAAAUUAGCCUUCAAAACCAGAUUCUAAUUAUGUAUUCUGGUUCUGGUUUUUGGAGAGGUGGUGAUGAAACAGGGCUAAGAACACCACUCUGGAAUGGGAAUCUAAAGGAAAGCAAGCUGCCAGAACAAUUUUCUUUAUCCUUUUUCCUGCCUGGGUGGAACCACAAAAAUUCUGCUUUUCCAAACAACUGUGACAUGUGACCUCAGAACCUUUCAUAAGCAAAAAUAUCCGAAAGGGCACAUAGUAACAUAACACUGUUGCUGCAAUCACAGUUACAGGAAGAAGUAUUUAUAAGGGAAGAUGCUUCAGUCCAUCUUAGCAGGAAAUCUACCUGAUGGGCCACUUGCCCUCUUGCUCAGGAAAGCAUUACUUGGAUCAGGCUGCUGCUGGCAAGCUGCCCUCCUCGUGGUUGGGAGAGGGAACUGACUCGUGACUUGGGAAACACUGGUGCUGCUGGCAGCCUGCUGAUGGGACGUGGGAUGGGAGCCCUGUGUUGCAGGGCUUUCCUUCCUCUUGUGCCAUAGGAAGGCCGUCGUGGAAAGGGAUUGGCAGGACAUCUGUCGCUGGGAAAGCCCCUGUUGCAGGUGUCUUUCCCUCCUGCUGGCAGUGAUUGGGUGGGAAAGUGAAGCAGUAUAUCCCACUGGCUUUUAAAAGAGAGGUACGUUGAUUUGAUUUCUUUUUCAGGAGCGGCUUAACUGUGUUAGUGGCAGGUGAAUUGCAAUGAAUUGUGGCAGAAUCCGCUCCCUGCGAUGCUUAAUUCAGUCUAGAGGCGCCUCGCGCUCCCUGCAGGUUUCCCCCCAAUCAUCUUGCUGUGGGAUUCCUCCGCUUGUUUUCCAGAACGCCCUUUGGCGCUGCCGACUGCACCGAGCGCGGCGCUCUAGCAGCGCCAUCCCCAGCGCGCAGCAGGAUUCCGGCUGUGCCAGGAAUCCCUGCGGGCAGGAAGCACCCCCCGUUCCUUUGGGAAGCGCAGUGCCGGCCCCAGUGAGCCGGGACAGCACCCCCGGAGGAGCCGCGGUCCCUGCGGCGCCGAGGGGCGGCGGCGGCUCCUCC